AUUUGUAUUAUAUCAUAUGUACAGUUAUGUUAUGAUGUAUUUAAACUGGCACUAAAUCUUUAUUUAUUUGGUUACAUAGUAGCUUACUAUAUCCAUUAGGUGCAUAAUUUUGCGUACAAUUGUUCAAAGUUCACAUUAUUUUUGGUUGGACUUUUUAAACUUGCAUUAAUGUGUUACAAAGUCUUUCUAAUGUUUUACUAAUACUUUAGUUGUCCACUUUCAGAAAUUCUAGAUGUCAUUGUUGCAGUAGUAAGUUUGAGUUACACCGAAAAUGUUCAAAAAACGCUUGUUCAAGAAAAAUAAGAAAUCUGCUUCAGAAGUUGGAAGUUUAGCCAGCGGGAAAUCUUCAUCUGGAUAUGAGGUGUCUCCUAAAAAAGAUCUCGGAAAAUUGCACAAAGCUGCGUUUGAAGGAAAUUUGACGAAACUGAAAUCACUUUUGAAAAAAGGCGAUGUAAACUUGUUAGAUAAAGAAAACAGAACCCCUCUACACCUUGCAUGCGCCAAUGGUAAAAUAGAUGCUGUCAAGAUGCUUGUUGAUUAUCCCAACUGUAACUUGAACCUGUGUGAUAACGACCGACGCUCAGCAUUAAUGAAGUGCGUCCAAUGUCAGUAUCAGAACUGCAUGAAUAUUUUGCUCCAAAAAGGUGCGGACAUUAGUUUGUCAGAUGUAAACGGCAACACUGCUCUACACCUUGCUGUCAGCAUUCCCAGUGUUGACCUUUGUUAUUUACUGCUGGACUACAGUGCUGAUGUGCAUGCCAAAAACAAGGAUGGUUCAACCCCACUACAUAUUGCUGCCACAGUUGAUGGGUCAGAAGAUACAAUCAAACUUUUAUUAGAUGAUGGAGCUCAAAUUAACUCAGCGGAAGGCAAGGGAAAAACACCACUGAUGUUGGCUGCCAGUCGUGGAAAUCUUGAUAUUGUGAAAACUUUUUUAAGCAAAGGAGCAGAUGCAACAAUUCGUGAUAAACAUUUAGGAUGGACGGCUGACCAAUAUGCAAGCGUGAAUGGACACCAUCCAAUAUCUCACAUCAUUGUGGAGCACACAACGAGGAAUAAAAGUCGUCCCGCAUCCUCAGGAUCGCUCCGGAGUCCUCAAGGAGCAUCUUCCCCCAUCUACUCAACUGUAGCUCCUUCUUCUUCACGACAUACACCAACUGACAUUGUUGAUCACGACACGUCACAAGAAGACGACACCCCAACACCCAGUGAAUCUGAUGCAAAAAGUUUAUCGGAUACUUCUGAGUCAGAUUCACCACCUGAAAAAGCACAGCCUGCCAAACCGAAACUCAACGUUGCGCAGUUUUUGAAACAGCGAGAAUUAAUGAAGCAGAACCAGUCGACUGGCAACGUAAAAACCACAAAUAUUCCACCAAAAGUUGAACAUCAGAUGGAAAACUCUGAGUCUGAAUCAGAAGAAGAGAAAUCCCCUAUAAGAGCAAGAGGAUACCAAAGCAAAUCACAGAAAAUCGGUUCUUCAGUGUCACCAGCUAAACCUCCGCUUCCUAAACCUCAAACCUCACAAACUGAGGCGUCUUCUAAGCCUCCUCCUGAAGAGGAUGACUCACCAUGGGACACAGAUGAUGAGGAUGAAGAAGAGGAAGGUGAAGUUGUGAAAAAAGAAGAAGAAAAAGUUUUUCCACAAAGUAAAGGUCACUCAAAACCAGAUACAAAUAUGUUGGCAUCGCUUGGAUUCAGUGCAGAUGAAGUUAAUGAUGUUUAUGGUGGUGAUAGCGAUUCUACUUUCGACUCACAAUCACAGAUCAUAUCAUCUAAACAUGAUCACGUGAAUGGUACAAAGCAUUCUGAUCACGAUUUAUGGGAUGAUGAGGAACAUGAGCAAACUCCCGUGCACAAAAAUAUAACUGACAAGUUUUUCACGGUUGCUUCCGAUUACAAGUUCGAUGAUGAAUUGAGUGAAGAUGGUUCCGUGGAAGCUCUUGUUGCUCCCACUAAUAUAAAGAGGAAAGUAACUCCUGAGAUAAAGAAAGAGAAUAAGGAGGAGGAGAGAGAGGAAGAUUCAUCUUCAUGGGAUUCUGAUGAUGUACAAGAGAAAGUUUCUCCCCAAAAACAAUCCCCAAGUACUCAAUCUCCGUUUAGGACUUCAGCUGCCAAAGUUGUGACGCCAUUGUUACAUAACAAUGAAGAUGAUGAUGUCACUGAUAGCGAAUCAGAAAGUAGUUGGGAAGUUGAAGCAAAGAACAAAAGGAAACCUACGAAAGAGCAAUUAGAGUGGAUGGAGGAACAAGAGAAAGAAAGAGAAAGAGAAUUACAAGAGAAAGAGGAGGAAAAGAAGAAGUUAAAAGCUCUUGCAGUGGAAGCAAGUGAGCGGCAUGUGAAGAAGGAGAGAGAGAAAAAAGAGAUAGAGCAAAAGGAAAAGGAGAAAAGGGAAAAAGAGAAAAGGGAUAAAGAGAAAAAGGAGAGAGAAGAAAAAGAGAAAAGGGAUCAAGAGAAAAGGAAGAGAGAAGAAAAAGAGAGACUUGAAGCAAUAAAAGUGGAAGAAGAGAGAAAGCGAAUUGCGAGAGAAGAGAAAAUAAGAAAAAAGAAACUUGAAGAAGAGACUUUGCAAAACCAACUGCAAGAACGAGAAAAGUUACAAAGUGCUUUACAAGAUGCUUUGAAUGAUGAUGCCAAUUUAAGUGUAUCUGAUGAAUCUGAACUAGAUGAUUCAUAUAUGGGCAACACUGCAAAUGGAACUAAAGACAAAAUGGGCGACAUCAGAACAACAAUGUCAAACGGACUUCUUGAUCAAGAUUUAAUUUUUGAUCCGAUAUUGGACGUGAAGAGGAAUGGAAGAUUGAACAAUCAUCUUGAUCUUGAUAAUCUCACCACCACAGAGACGGAGACAGAGGAUGAAGUCCCGGGAGACAUCCCCGCAUCCCUAAGGUCAUCACAAUUAUCAGAAUCGUUGUUACGCUCUGGCGAGCGUGGUGAACUGGAGCGUGAAGCAGCGAAGGAAAAAAGGAGAGCUAUCAACGCUCUUGAAAAACUGGAGUUUUAUAAAAAAGAGAAUAACGAACUAAAGGAGCAGAUCAAGGAUAAUAAAAGAGAAAGAGAUCAUUUGGAGAAGGGUGGGAGUGAGAAAGAAACCAAUUUAAGAAAAUUAACAUUCGAAUUAAAUCGAGCAAAAGAUCAAUUAGAAACCUUACAACUUGAUUUGAACAUGGAGCGUGACCAUGUUAAACGCUUGAGCGAACAGCUUGAAAUAGAAGGGAGUAACCGAAGACAACAAGAAAUUAAUCUUCGGGAUAUUAGAGGGGAACUUAAGAAUUCAGAACAAUCAAUAAAAAAGCUUGAACAGCAUCGAGAUGAUUUACUGAAGGAAAUGAACACUGAGAAACAAAAAAUCACAAUUCGUGAAAAAGUUGACCAAGAAAAACAGAAAAUUCAGCACGAAAUGAAUGAAGAUAUGCACCAAGACAGGAGAGUUCAAACUUUAAACUUGCUAAUGAUGGAAAAAGAACAAGAAUUAUCGAGUCUAAAAGCUGAAAGAGAUAGUCUAAGUGAUUCUUGUAAAAGAUACAAAGAGGAACUUACAAAAUGGAGAAACACAGAUGCUGAUAAACAAGACAUGUUGGUCAACUUUAACGAAGAAUUAAAUAACAAGGUUGAUGAAUUAACAAAGGAAGUUCGUGAAAACGACGAAUUGUUGAUGCAAUCUACGUUGCGGUCCAAGUUUGAACUAGAUAACUUGAAUCAAGCAAAUAAAGCAUUGACUGAACAACUAAAAAAAGAACGCAACGAAAAAGAAGUUUCAAUGAAAGAUCUUGAAACUUUAAAUGAACAGCAGAGGGAGCUAAAGAGGGUGAUCGAUGAAUUAAGAUCGACCAAUCAGAGAAAAGAAGAUCAGCUGACUAAAUUAAAUGAAGAAAUCAAUGAAGCACGACAAAAACGAGAAAACUCUGAGAGUAAGCAGCAUGCUGCAGACAUUGCUUGUAACUUGGCUCAACAUGAAGCAAACACUGUACGUACAACACUCACUCAUAAGGAGACGCUUCUUGCUCAACUUGAAAGAGAAAGGGAGGAGCUGAAGGAGCAAGUUAGGAGGAGUGAGAGUGAGAAAAGUGAGAUGCAGAGAGAAAAUGCAAGAUUGGACGGCAGAGUGGAAUUAUUACAAGCUGAUGUUUCCCAACAAGAGAGCGAACGAGCGAGAUUACGUCGAGAAUUGGAAGAUGCGAGAAACUUUGGGAUCACUAACAUGAAUUCUCAACAAGGAAAAUUCUCGGACAUUGUAUCAGAGCAUCACACCGAACGACUGGAAUACGAAAAACAAAACGUUAAACUAAAACAGCAGGUGGCGCACUUGAGCAAGGAGAUUGAACAAAUACGAGAAGAAAAAAUCAAAAAGGAGGAAUCGCUUGCAUUGGCGCAACAAGACGUUAUUGACACCGAUAAAAAAUUACAUUUUACUGACUCAUCCAUGAAGCAACUUGCUGAGUCACAAAGGCAUCUGCAAGAAGAAAAAGAACGAACGCAGACGGAACUUCAACUUGUUAAAGCGAAAGCUGAUUCAAUGUUGAACCGUGUUGAAGAGUUAAGUCAACUUUCAACAACAUUGCGACGUGAACUUGACGACGAGAAACUAACAUCAUCCAACCUACAACGAGAGGUCCAAUCACUGCAAGCCAUUAGAUCACAUGACCAAGAUAACCUCUCGAGAUUGGAGGCAAGUUUGAGGGAGUCAGAAGUUAAAGUUAUCAGAUUGCAAUCCGAUCUGACAAACUCGACGAGGAGAGAAAGUGAAUCAAAAGACGAUCAUGAGGUGCUCACGAGAUCACGGAUGCAGAUGGAGCAACUGAUCGGGAGGUUGCAGGAGGAGAAAGGAGAAGCAGAGAGGAAGUUACAAAGUCAAGAAGAAAGAUGCAGGCUCCUCCAAUCAGAAGCUGAUGGUCAUCGUCAAAUGUGGGAAACCGAGGUGAAAACGAGAUCAAAAUUAUCCAUUGAUUACGCAAGGAUGGAGAAAGAAAAACAGGAGGCGUACCAACGCAUGGAAACAUCACAUAGGAAGCUGGCCAAAGUAUCUGGGGUGGGAAAGGAGUAUAAGAUUAAAUAUGAAGAUCAGAAAAGGAGGAGGAUGAAGUUGGAGGAUAGGAUUGAAUCAAUGAGCGAUUCCUCGAUCAGUGAAGCAGAGCGUGAAAGAGAUGAGAUUAAGUUGGAACUUCAGAAGUUACGAAGAACGCUUAAACAGAAUGGGAAGUCACCAAGUAAUGAAGUGGUGAAUGCGCAAAUCACCGAGAAAUUGGAGCAAGUUAAUAAUUGGCUUGAGCAUCACGAAAAAUCCCGAGAGCAGUUGGAGCAAAUGAGGAGAGAAAAUGAAGAGAAAAGGUUGAUGGAGGAAAAAUCCCGAGUCGCAUCCUUGGAGAGGGAGUUGAGUGAAACGAGGAGCAGAAGUCUGGGGUUGGAGGACUCUGAUAUGACGAGGAGGUUGCAAGAAAAAGUCCGGGAAAAUAUUUCGUUGCAUGAAAGUUUACGAAGAACAAAGCAAGAUUUGGAAGAACACAAAGUGAAACUAAAUAACGAACGAACAAAAUAUCAAUCCCUCUACAUAAGUUCAACUGCUGGUAACCCCACACCAUCUAUACCUCGUGUUUCAGCUUUCAAUAUUGGUAUGCAGAAUGGACAUUCCCAGGUUGGGGGGUUCACCUCAACCCCAAGAAAGGAUUUGAGUCAGCCAUAUUUGUCACAGUUUCGCAACAAACUUGAAGCAAGCAUCAGUCAGUGCCUUGCAGAUACUAGACCUCAUUCUGCUUCCCCUAUUCUGGAUGGAACCGGUUCUUACCACAGAAAACCGGCGGAAACCAGUUUUGGUCGUCCCACAGCUAAUGAUUAUUUUGUUCCAUGAUUUUUACACUAAAAGAGUAAAAUUAUGCAUUUCUAUUAUACAAGCAUUCUAUUAACCAGCUGCCAAAUAUUUAUUAAGCUCAAAAAUGGUGCUUUUUAUGUCCUUGAAAACUCAAAAUAUUAAAAUAUUGUUACGAAAUAACUCGUCAUAAAUGGCACUUAAUUAAAACAGCUAAAAAAUUUUUAACUUGUUUAGCCAAUUUUUUUUAUAUAUCUUAUGAAUGAGCACCUUGCCUGUGUCAAAUUAUUACACAGUUCCAUAUUUUUUGUCACUUUUUACUAACUUUAUAUUCUUUACUUGUUACUCAUGGAGAUUUGUUAUCAAUAAAUUUAUUUUGAUACGGGAUUUUA